AUGCGGAACAAAUGCUCAACAACCGCGCCGGAGUUGUUGAAGGCACAGGGCAAGUACGACGACGCCGAACAACUUUAUGAGCGAUCUCUAGCCAUACGAGAGAAGGUACUUGGUCCAGAACAUCCAGACGUGGCCCAGUCGCUCAACAACCGGGAGUUGUUGAGAGCGCAGAUUUCGGUAGUGCUCAACAACAGGGGCGGAGUUAUUGGAGAUUCAGGUGAGAGUCAAGCGGUGCUUCUAGAAGCAUCUAGAAAAACCAUGUCCCUCCACAGGUUUACAACCCUUGUGCUACAACACGACCCUAUCACGCUGUCGACUCCAUUCCAUGGGAAGUAUUUUGAGACCGAGCCGUUGUAUGGGCGGUCCACCGCGAUUUGGGAGAAGCGCUAGGUGCUGACCACCCAACAGUUGCCACCUUGCUCAACAACCGGGCGGGGGUGUUAGGGAGGCAGGUGAACCUUUCGUUGAGAAAACGAUCUUCUCCGCAGUUCUAGAUCUUAUUAUGACUUUCGUCCGCCUCUCUGCCGCGCCGUUCACCUCGUAUCAUGGCACGUGUGCUGAGACAGAGCUACUCUCCGAACAGUCAUGAACCAUUGGAGGGAGGGCUCGGGGCCUGGAGUACCCAGAUGUGUAUAGGCGGUCGACAACCGGGCGGGGUCGAUUGAGAAGGUUUUAUUCUCGCACGUGUUGUAGAUGUCACUUUGAUUGUACUAUACCGUAUUUGUGCGUGCGAUAGCCCCGGGGUGCGAUCGUUGUUUAUGUCAUUCCUAUGUUGGUUUUUUACCACACCACGGUGCCUUAAAUAACACCGAUGGGUGCCGUAACACCGAUACCGGUACGGAAAUGCAAUUAAAUCAUUUCGUUCUAGAUUUCCAACGCACCCCCGGUGCGAUGACACCGAUGGGUGCGAUUUGGAGAACUUACAGUGGCCAUGAUACGGUGCUGAGUGAACGCACCCCGGUGCGAUGACACCGAUGGGUGAGAUACUCGAAAACGAACAGGCGGUUCCUGGUACAUGUAGCUUGCGUGGGCGGUACCAUGCAAACAGCCCGGAGUGGUGAUCAGUGAUGACGUCGAAUCCGAGUUUGGGGUGGCGUGGUGCCAAAGAGAACCGACUCUGUGGUUCCCUGCUGGGGAAGGUAUACGGCACCGCAUCAUUUUUCUUCCAGCCUCUUUGUUGGUCGCAAGCCCCUCUUUUGUUGGCUGGUGCUUCCCUCUUGUCUGCCUCAAGGGGCAUGGCACCGGUACAAUCGAAGUACCGUUAACGAACUCCUUCUUCUUCUUGUUCGGUUGGUUGGAGGUACGGGAUGUGUACUGCUGUGUGCUUGGUUGAGUGAGU